GUGCGGUUUUGGCCGCUGACGGCUCUAAAGUGGGUGACAUUGCUUUUGUGUCGUCAAAGCGCUUUCCUUGGGAAUGAAAUUCAAGCCGAGAGUCGUCGAGGUUAAAAGCUGGACAACUUGGUAAUUAGAGCCCCGCUCUCCGGUGGCCGGCGGGCUGCCCGUUGCACCGUGCGAUACGUCUGCGUCUCCCAAGGACUAAUUCCCCCUCCUGCGCUCCGAGUGGAGGCGGUCCGAGCGGCAGAGCCCCCCAGCCUCCGUCCCUGAGAUGAUGGUUCUAGACAAGGAGGACGGCGUGCCGAUGCUCUCAGUGCAACCCAAAGGCAAACAGAAAGGCUGCGCCGGAUGUAACCGGAAGAUCAAGGAUCGCUACCUGCUGAAGGCCCUGGAUAAAUACUGGCACGAAGACUGCCUGAAAUGCGCCUGCUGUGACUGCCGGCUCGGGGAGGUCGGAUCAACGCUCUACACCAAAGCCAAUCUCAUCCUCUGCCGCCGGGACUACCUGAGGCUCUUCGGCACCACGGGGAAUUGUGCCGCUUGCAGUAAACUGAUUCCCGCCUUCGAGAUGGUAAUGAGAGCCAGAGAUAACGUUUAUCACUUGGAUUGUUUCGCCUGCCAGCUCUGCAACCAGAGAUUUUGCGUGGGGGACAAGUUUUUUCUGAAGAAUAACAUGAUCUUGUGUCAGAUGGACUAUGAGGAAGGGCAGCUCAAUGGGAGCUUUGAAUCUCAAGUUCAAUAACAAACAAACAGAAAAAAAGGUUUGGCUUCGCUGAAGCGCCGACGGACGUAUUUUCUGCCGCACAAGAAGUGAGGGGGGUCCGUCGGCUUGCCUGCAAUAUUUUUUAAAGAAUUCUCGGCCCCCCCCAAAGGACUGUAUAUAACGUAGUACUUCCCUCCCCAAAUUUCAACACAAAGCAGUUGCGAUUUUUUCGACGUACGGUUGUACCUGCUUUAGCCGAGCACGGCGUUUGCCUGUAUGUUUGCGAGGGUCCGGGAGGGAGGGUCCGGGAGGUCUCUGUACAGUCUGUUUUAUGUAUAUAAACUGGAACAUUUAUUUUAUGACAAAUGUAAUGCAAUUUUAUUACUGGUGUGAGAUUAAAAAAAAAUUAUGAAUGUU